GACUUGGCCCCUGAGUUUCUGGAUAGACUAAAAGACGUACGGACAAAUAUGUGCUGUGGGGAAAGUGUGGGAUCACUGGGCCAAAAGAGGUGCUUAGAGACAUACUUGGGAGUGGACUACAUGAUCUCCAAAGGACCCUUCCAGCCGUAAAAGUUCUGUAGUAAUUUGCCAGCGUCAGAGACCCUCUCUUUGUCCGAAUUGCAAUGAGUGCGUUUGUUAGUGACUGUUUCUGUAGUUACCUUUUUUCCCUAAUGAUUAUGUCCUUCUAUAGCUUUUAGUGCGGUGCACGGUAGGCUCACAGUAGAGGUAGAGGUGAGCCCUGGCUAGCCUAUUCGAAAGUGGAGUUUACCUUCUCUUAGAGGCCCUGAGAGACUUUUACCCUGGCAGUGUUGCAGGAGUGUGUACCUGUGUGUUCCCGCAGAGAUCACCCGUGUCAGGUGCUCACAGCUUUGCCCAGCUCUGUAAAUUCUCCCAUGCAUGUAUCCAUGUCUCUUCUAUGUUUUAAUUUUUAUUUGAUGAUUAAGCAAAGUUUUUCUGAUAAACCUUAGAUAUUCUGAGAGAAAUUAGAUUUUUUUUAUUCUGCUUUAUAUUUUUAAUAAUUUCCAAGUUGUAAAACUGCUGGAUGUACAGUAUGAGGUGGAAUGUCACUAUUAAAGAAAUGUUGAGGUAAAACCCUUUUUUCGUUGCCAAGGUGGCUUGUAAGUGCAUCCACGUGGGAAUGUGUUUUCCAUUGGUGGACACGUGGCUUUCUUGGGCUGUUUUUUGAAGUGGGGAGCAGCCUGUGUUCUGUCCCCUCCUUUCCUGCUAGUGAGGUGUUACAGCAGCAGUGUAGGUGAAGCAGUCAUGACUCGAGCUGUGUGGACAUUUAAGGAUAAUGCAUCAUAGUGCUGGAACUUCUGGGGAGUGUGACAUUGGCCUGAAUGAGGAAGAUUUCUUUAAAGUGUUCAUUUUUCACGUGGCCUAAACCAGCAAGCACAGGAGUAUCUGGUAGCUGUUUUUUCAAACACCACUUAAGUUAGUACUGUGAUGGUGAAAUCUAUUAUUUAUGCUCUUGUAAGGUUGAGAAUUAUCAGUAUGAUGUGCUUACAAACCUAAUCACUUGUUGCCUCAGCCCAGAACUCUAGGUUUACUGUUUUCAUGCUGUGUGUUUUCCUUGAUUUAAAGUCUGUCUAGGGAAUCAGCCGUGUGAUGCAUUCCUGGUGUUUGUACAGAGAAGUGUAGCCCUAAUGAAUAGGGAUUGUCCCUCAAGUGCAUAUUAUGGAGCAGGAUUCAAGGCAUUCCUAGAACUAAUAGUCGCUAAUGCAUUAUUUAACAGUACCUCAGUUUAAUAUCGCAGAGGAGUCAUCUUCCUUCUAUGAAAAUGAGCAGUUCUGGAGAGAAAGAAGAAAUGCCUCUGUGGGAGGUGGAGGGAGCCAUUCCUGCGGAGUGGCCUGGGCUUUGAAGGCUGCUCCAUGAUGUACAGCUCUUUAUUUAGAUAUUCCAAAUCAAUAAUUGUGCCUCAGCUGACAAGGCUGGGCCAGCACAGGCUUACUGUGGUUGCAGUUACAUGAGCACAAUCCUUUUGUUAGUUUAGUUUAUUCAGUUUGGGUAACUGCUCGGAGCUUGCCCUGAGAUUCCCCAUAGUACGUGAAUUCCAGUCAGCCCAUUUUCUUGUCAUGGAAAAUAAAACUUUAUACCCCAGACUAAAGUUCCUGCUGAUGGUGUGGAAACCCCAAAAUAAGCUUCUAGUUCUCUGUAUAUUAAAAUUCAGGUUUCCCCCUUUUUCAUGACUUGGAAUAACAUUUUUUUCUCAGUAAAAUCUUAACAACUGGUAAGCCAGAGAAGGUUCUGCAGCUCAUGUUCUGUCAGUGAUGGAGACUUGCAUAGAGCAGCUCUGUGCUGUGUUUCAGAGGACUUUAAAAAGGUGACCCAUAAAUAAGUGUUAAGUGAGCAUCCCGGGUGCCUUCCUGGUGUGCUGCCAUGGCUCCCCUGCCUUCUCCCGGGGGAGUUACAGGGGAGCAGCACGGGCUUGUAAAGAGCUCAGGUGGCAAGGAGCCUUCUCUGCUUAAGUUACUCCUCUAAAACAUCAAGUGCAGGCCGGUUUCAUGAGAUGGAGGGCAGCAUCUGAUAGAAAAUGCAGACAUUUCAGGGAUUCAAAUAGCUCAAUUGCCAUUUGGAGUUGUCUUUUACCUGCUUUCUAAUAGUAUUGAGCAAACUGUGUUAGGAAAUACGAGUGGGUUAGGAGUAUUUUGGUAUUUGCACCAAAUAUGUAUAAAAUAACAUGGAAAAAAUAAAAAUCGCACAUUUGAAAAUCUAGCUCUUUGCUUGCUGUGGUAAGAUUCAACAUUUAUUGCAACCUGAGGGUGAGGUUGUUGGCUUUUUAAAACUUUCUUACUGAACUGUGUUUAAGCUAUGUAUUCCUUGAAAGCCAAUCUAUUCCGAUGGCUGCCAUGCACGGGCAGUUCCUGUGGGGCUCACACCUCGCGCGGCUGGGAAGGAGCUGAGGCGGGACCAAGUCCUGCACUGAUGUCACGAUUAAGCUGGGCUGCCUCUGACGUGACGGGAGUUCCUCCUGUGGGCUGGGCUUUUGUUUGUAAGCAGUUUGGGGCAGAAUUUCGACGGUUUUCGCUGGAGAGAUCCAAACCUGGAAAGUUUGAGGAGUUCUAUGGAUUACUGCAGCACGUGCACAAGAUCCCAAAUGUUGAUGUUUUGGUGGGAUACACGGACAUUCACGGAGACCUGCUGCCUAUCAAUAAUGAUGACAAUUAUCACAAAGCAGUUUCUACAGCCAAUCCUCUCCUCAGGAUUUUCAUUCAGAGGAAAGAGGAUGCAGACUACAGUGCCUUCGGGACGGAUACCAUGACAAGGAAGAAGAACGUCUUAUCCAACGUGCUACGGCCGGACAACCACAAGAAGAAACCCCACAUUGUCAUUAGCAUGCCCCAGGACUUCAGGCCCGUGUCCUCCAUCAUAGACGUGGAUAUUCUGCCCGAGACCCACCGCAGGGUGCGGCUCUACAAGUACGGCACCGACAAACCGCUGGGCUUCUACAUCCGCGACGGCUCCAGCGUCAGGGUCACCCCGCACGGGCUGGAGAAGGUGCCGGGCAUUUUCAUAUCCAGGCUGGUCCCCGGGGGGCUGGCUCAGAGCACGGGCCUGCUGGCUGUCAAUGAUGAGGUGCUGGAGGUGAAUGGCAUAGAGGUGUCAGGAAAAAGCCUCGAUCAAGUUACAGACAUGAUGAUUGCCAACAGCCGCAACCUGAUCAUCACCGUCAGACCCGCCAACCAGAGGAACAACGUCGUGAGGAACAGUCGGACUUCGGGCAGCUCCGGCCAGUCCACUGAGUCCAGCCUUCCCAGCAGCACUCCAAACAUUCUGGGGAGUCUGCUGCAAGGAGAAGAGGAGAGCGAUGAGGAGGACAUUAUUAUUGAAGACAGUGGCGAGCCACAGCAGAUCCCGAAAGCUACGCCUGCCAGCGAAAGCAUAGAAUCCUUAUCACAAAUUGAACUCCUCCACGAGUCCACACAAAAUGGAUUCCUUCCUUCCAGUGAGAUGAACUUGAAUCACUCAACAGGCAGCAUUAGCAUGGAGUAUGAAGUCCCAGAGCCGGGGCGUAAGUCCUUAGAAGAAGAUGGAACUAUAAUAACACUAUGAAAUGACAUUGGUGUACUUUGUAUAAGUAAGGAUGCCAUACAUGUUUUAAUUGGGCUUAAUAUGUAACACACUUUAUACCUCUCCAUCUACCAAGCACUGCAGUUAGACUAAAACGAGGGAGAAAAGUAAAUUCAAGAAAUUCAAACUUACAUAAGUUGAUUAACUUCAUUAAUUCUGCACUUCAAUGUAAAUAAUUCACAAAGCAGGACGAUAAUUGAUAAAUUGCUGAAAUUGAAUGAGGAAAAUUUAAAUUGAAAAUGAAGGAUAGCUAAGAGAUAGCUGUGAGCUUUCUUUUAAAGGUACUUGAUUUUUAUUAUUUUUUUAUGCCGUGUACUACUGGUUCUAUAGAAGCAAACUUCCUUACUUGUGCAGCUGACCGUCUCAUGGGCUGUGGUUUCACGGUCCUCUGAAGUGCUGCUUAUGUGUGAUGGAGCUGCUUCAGCCACAUCACUCCUGUCCUGGCUGCUGCUCCACUGGCAGAGCUCUGUGUGGGCUCUGGGCAAGAGGGAGCUGGGAGAGGGCAGAGGUGGGCUGGGAAGAGAUGGGGGUGACUGCUCUGGUCCUGGCUGACACAGGGACAGCAGGGCUCUGUGAGCAGCGGGGCUUUGGAGGUCACCGUUCCUUUGUGAGUGAAUGUGCAACCACAGGCACGUUAGUCAGGCACCAUUACUGGUUUUAAUGGCCAGGCAAGCUUACUUUUAAUGAGUCUGAUUUUGAAAUUCAGAUGUGAAAGUCUUAACACUAAUGCAUCAAAGACCUGUUCUCAUUCUAGUUUGCAAUAUUUAAGGAUAUCAUUGGAUCUAGUUAUUAAUCCCAGUAAAUUACAAACAAAUCAAAUGUAAACUUAAUGCUAUGGAAAUAGCAUAAUGUAAUCUCUGUUACACGUGCAGUCAUAGUAGAAACUGUAAUGAUUUCUACUAGCAGAGGUUUGUUGGAAUGAAUCUGGAUUAUAUACAAGUGACUUUCUUCAAACCUGACAAAUUAGAACAGUCUUGUUAAAUCCCUGGAUUAAAAAAACUUUUCAAUCAGAAUGAGGCUUUACUACACCUUGUUUGAGCCAUGUGAUAUUAACUUUUUCAUUACUAGGAGCUGCUCUGUAAAUACAGAUUGUUGUGUGCCCCUGGCUGGGUGCUGUGUAUACAGUGUUGCUCUGUGUGAAAACACUGAUGACAGGUCCUGAUGCUGCAAGAGCAAAGUUGUGUGUGUGUGUAACCACUGCACUCAUUGGGACAGCUUCAGGGGAGGCUUCCAGCAUUGUUUUUAUCCUUCCCCUUUUUGUAUCUCCUGUUUUACCCCUUUGGCCCUUGGUUCCCAACCUGACCCUCCUCUGGGAAUUGAAGCUUGGCAGGAAAAUGAGCUGGGACUAAUAGGACUGGGGAGAAGGAUCUCCCCAGGGGUGCCAUGGCCUCUGUCAGGAGGAGCAGGGUACUGCCAGUUCUGUCCUGUGCUCCCCAGAGCAGCAGUCAGGUGCUUGGGAGCAUGUUCCACCCUCUGGGAAGAUGUGGUGAGUGGAAGGGAGACUGACCCCUUUCUUUUUUCCCCCUCAGUCUAUUUGAGGAAAAUCUACCUCUGGUAACUUUACUAACAGGAGACCAACUCAACUGUAAGUUUAAUGGUAGGGCAUCUGUGUAAGUCGUCACAGACUGUCGGAGGCUAAACCUGUGUUUGUUUCAGGUUUUUGUGAUGAUGCAAACACUGCUGCAGAAACAAAUCCCUGCUGUUUGAUGUUACAAAGUGCACAUUGGAAAUUAGUAUCUGAUGAGCAGUUUUCUCAAACCUCCAAUGCCAGUGGAGUCCAAGAUGCCAAGAGAGGCAUUCAUCCCCCUUAGGAUUUAUGGAGAAUAGGCACAGCAGGCAGUGGUACUCUGCAAAUACAGGUGAGGGGCUCUUUUAUUACACUUAUUUAUGGUUUCUUAGUGUGUGUGUGGAGAGCCCUGGAAUCUUUUACAAGAAUAAGAUCUUUCAAGUGUUUCACUUCUUUUGCUAAUUAUUGAAAAUGAAGUAACUACAUCCCCUUAGUGUGAAAUGAGAAAAAGUAACGUUCAUUCUGCAACAUGGAGACUUUACCUGUGCAUGUUUUCUCUCAGUGCUGCUCUACACUUCCUUUCUUUACGGAAGAUUGUUUACUUUGAAAAUAUCUUUAUUUUCCUUUGUUGAAAGACUUUCCUUCCUGUAUGCAAUCACCAGUGGAGGGUGAGACUCAUUCUUCUGCUAGUUUGCACUUCUGUGCCUUUGGUUUACUUGAAUGUAUUGUGAAUGCUCAAAGGAAUAAAGGCACUUGGAUGGGAAGAGAAGAGAGGUCCAGAGGUACAGAGAAUGAACUGGUAGUGCACUUAAUGCAGGUGUAACGUUUUCAUUCCAUGCAAAUCCACUCUGGGAUGUGGCCCAUGAGGAUCUUGAAGCUCAGAUCACAGCUGGAAGGACGGAGUGCCUGGUGGGGCUGAGUCUGGCCAGGAAGCUGGGCAGGUGCCAGCCCUGAGGCUGCUCUGCUGCCAGGCAUGUGUGUGGGUAGUCUGAAUAAUAUUGAUGCCAGUAUUAAGGACUUGUAGAAAUUUAACUGAGGUCCUACUCUAAACUGCAUGAGGCUUCAUCUCUUAGGACCUUUCCUGCAAACUGAGUAACCUAAACAUGAGAUAAUGUUCUGUUUGAUAUAGAUCAUGUUCUGUUUCACAGAAAUUUGGUGACAUGUAGUAAAACUAAGCAUUUGGGACUUGAUAAAAAAAGAAUAAAACUGAAGAAUGUGUAUUUACGGUUACAAUGACAGACUGCACAGCAUGUAAUUGCUUAACACUGCAGUUACCAUAAAGUUUCUAAAGUUCUUCCAUAUCUUACUAAUACAUACACUGUUAAUUACAAAAGAUUUUUAAAUUGCUACUUCGGGAUGAUCAAUGGUUGAUUAUGAGUGGCUACAUUUAAUUUUAUAUAUAAUUGAUACUGGGGUUCAGUAUAAGGUUUUUUAAAAUAUGCUGAUAUUGUUAGCCUUUCAUUCACUACCUCCUAAAUUUUUAACAUCUAUACUGUUUUCUCCCUGGAAGACAAUACUUAAAGGCUUGACUGUUUUAUAUAGAUUUUAUCUAUAGCUAAACAACGGAGAAAGAAUUCCAGAAGUGAUAGUGAGGAUGCUGCGCAUGAUUGACAAUACUACGCUGCUAUUGAUGUAGUAAUCUGUGUAUUAAGUAUCCUGUGUGUGUAAAUUGUAUUUUCAAUCCAGAUUUUAUAAAUUAAUUUAUGAAAUACCCAAUUUAUUUCAGAAUGGAAUGGAAAACUAAAAUUCCUUUGACUAGUGUUAUAUGUUGUGUACAUGCACAGAGGGGGACAAGUGAUUCCUCCCUGGUGGUUGGGAGAUCCAAGUGCACCUUAAUAGGAAGAACAAAUUCUUAAUAGAAUUAAGAUGCAUUUACUUUAAAGUUCUGCUGUGGUACUGGAGAAGUCAAGCCUAACUGUGAAUCAUUUGUUUUUUUCCACACCUGAAUUAAAUUUAGGACAAUGUUCUCACAAGCUGUCUUUAACAUGUGUAUUUUUGUGAAUAUUAUGUAUUUUCUAAUUAAAUUUUACUUGCAAUGUGAUUUUUACAUGAAUGAACUUGUUUAAAAUGUCAAAUAUCAGUAUUUUUCUUACAACUUUAAUGUAUAAUGUACAUUGAUAUCUCACCGAAUGAAGAUUUGAUUUUACAAAAAUCAAGCUAGAUGUAGUUGUAUAUUAGUCUUAUAUUUUUACAGACCAAAAUAAUAAAUGGAUAUAGAAAUGGAA